UCAGCCCGGACAGGUCUCAGUUCUUCAGGUACGACACCAUCACCAUGAGCUGCGGGGAUGUGCUGAACUCCACCGGGUGGAAGGUGAAGAGGAAAACACUGGAGGGCGGGGUCAGACCCUGCUCCUUAGGUUGGGGCUCCACCUCCUCUGGGUCGACUUGCAUCAUUGGAAACAUCUACCCAUCGGACAGCGGGGUGUACUGGUGUGAGUCUGUGGACGGGGAGCAGAGCAACAGUGUCAACAUCACGAUCACUGAUCGUACUGUGAUCCUGGAAAGUCCUGCCCUCCCUGUGUCGGAGGGAGCCGCUGUGACUCUGUACUGCAAAGCUGAGACGCGCUCCCCCGACCACGUGUUUAAUUUCUAUAAAGAUGGCCGCCCCAUCGGCAGCGGCUCCACAGGUCAGAUGACCAUUCACAGUGUUUCCAAAUCUGAUGAAGGCCUCUACAUGUGCAGCGUUUCUGGAGGUGAAGAAUCAAGAGCCAGCUGGCUGGCUGUUGAAGCUUCAUCCUCAUCUCGGACUGCUUCAUGUUCAGUUUCUGUCUUGCAAAUCAUGUUUCACCUGCUGGUGGGAGCUCCUUACCUGCUGUCCACCAUCUUACUGGGACUCAUAUACAGAGACAGGAGGAGAGCAGCUCAGACGGUUGCAAAGACAAGAGGCAGCAACGAUGUCAUCAUGGAUAUAGUCGUGUAGCCCGACAAACCAGUAACAAGCGGCCAAGAAAUUCUGCAUUGCUUCCAACCCUGCACCACAGAAGAUUUAUUCAUUCAUUCAAGGUCAGCAGAGAUUGUUGCGAAGAGUUUACAAAGACCUCGUAGACGUAAUGACCAACAAGGUCCUACCAUGCUUAUCGUCCUCUUUUCACAUGCCUUCCAAAAUGCAUAUAACCAUUACAAAAAUGACUGGCAUAUUUCAGAGUGUCCUGAUCUGACACCUCUAUGGUUAUAGUUUAGGCAAUUAAAACCCCAUGGUUAAGGUUGGGGAAUAAACACUGUAAAAAGUAACCAGAUGUAAACAUACAUCCACAAGGAGUGGGAUUAUAUAACAAUGAUGUCAUCUAACGAAUGAUAAAUUAUGAUUAAAUUGGUUCUCAUGCUUAACAGAUUAACGUUAGUUUACAUGAAAGGCUACAUAAAUUGCUAAAUUGCAAUGGAUUACCUUAAUCAGUAAUAACCUACCUGAUACUUUACUAUUUCCACUGUUUCCAGUGUCAACA